AGACUCACUGAUAAAACCCAUCACAGUGGAGGCCGAGGGGUUCCUGAGAGAGAAGACCUGGAGCAAGUACAUCUGCUCUAAAGACUUUGAGACUGGCGAGGACUCGCUGGAGGCGUGGGAGCUGGAGACCCCACAGGUCAUGGUGGAGGGGUCAGAGCGAGGCUGGGUCACGGCCGUCGGUGACCUCAUCGCUCUCACACUCGAGAAUUUGGGGAGCCUGAUCCGGAUGCCGUACGGGUGUGGGGAGCAGAACAUGAUCAACUUCGUGCCCAACAUCUUCAUCAUGCAGUACCUGAAGGCCUCCAACCAGACCACCCCGGAGACCACCAGGAGGCUCCUCACCUACAUGAAGACCGGUAACCUCAUUAUUAUCUCUAUCUAUCUUGCUCUGUUAGAGCUGGCUCACUGUUACAGCUGGCUCACCGUUACAGAUGGCUCACUGUUACAGCUGGCUCACCGUUACAGAUGGCUCAGUUACAGCUGGCUCAACGUUACAACUGGCUUUCAUCUACAUCUGGCUCAUCGUUACAGCUGGCUCACCGUUGCAGCUUGCACGAAGGUGUCUGUGAGGGUGCAGGAGAGUGAGGAGUACCAGAUCUUGGAGGAGGCGACUGAGCAGAUUGUCCUCGGGAAGCGUAGCUCUUGUGUCCCGGCACAGGACAAGGUCGUUCACAUAGUGAGGAUCAAACCCCUGGUGAUCGGAGAAGUCAACAUUAGCGUAGCUGCCUUCGUCGACCAUGAGUACUCGCAGCCCUGCGGCUCCGGUGAUUCAUCCAUCAACAGAAGAGACUCACUGAUAAAACCCAUCACAGUGGAGGCCGAGGGGUUCCUGAGAGAGAAGACCUGGAGCAAGUACAUCUGCUCUAAAGACUUUGAGACUGGCGAGGACUCGCUGGAGGCGUGGGAGCUGGAGACCCCACAGGUCAUGGUGGAGGGGUCAGAGCGAGGCUGGGUCACGGCCGUCGGUGACCUCAUCGCUCUCACACUCGAGAAUUUGGGGAGCCUGAUCCGGAUGCCGUACGGGUGUGGGGAGCAGAACAUGAUCAACUUCGUGCCCAACAUCUUCAUCAUGCAGUACCUGAAGGCCUCCAACCAGACCACCCCGGAGACCACAAGGAGGCUCCUCACCUACAUGAAGACCGGGUACCAACGGGAGCUCCUCUACCGUAGAGGUGACGGCUCCUUCAGCGCCUUCGGCAACGCUGACGACUCCGGCUCCACCUGGUUAUCGGCCUUCGUCCUCAAGUCCUUCAGCCAAGCCCAACAGUUUAUUAUGAUUGACAAGAAUGAUUUGAACCAAACAAGCACUUGGCUUCAGUCUAAUCAGAGAAAGGACGGUUGCUUCAACAACACUGGUAAAGUCUUCAGCAAGGCCAUGAAAGGAGGAAUUGAUGGAAGUGACUCUCCCGUGCCUCUAACAGCCUAUGUGAUGAUUGCUCUCCUUGAGGCGAAUGACAAGUCAUGCAGCCAGGCCGACUGUUUGGCUGCCCAGUGUCUACAAGCAGACUCCUCCUCUGACCCCUACGUUAUGGCGCUCAAAGCCUAUGCUUUCGCCUUGGCUAAGCUUCCUGAAGCCGAAGUAAUUCUCCAGAAAUUGCUGGAACAAGCUGUUGUGACAAAGAACUCCACUCACUGGGAGCUGCCCAAGGGACCAGGCAAGACGAAGGCUGUAGGGGUGGAAACAGCUGGCUACGCCAUCAUGGCCAUGAUGACCCUUGACCCUAAACAAUACGAGCAGCAGGCUAGGAAGGUGGUCAAGUGGAUCACGGCGCAGAGGAAUGGCCAAGGAGGAUUCUAUUCCACACAGGAUACGGUGGUGGCCCUCCAGGCGCUGGCACUGUACGAGACCCACUUGUACCAGGGACCUCUGAACGUGGUGGCAACGGUGACAGCUAGCGGCCUGGCACACCCCUUCACCGUCACCGACGACAACAAACUGCUGCAGCAGUUGGUAAAGCUGCCCACUGUUCCCACCAAGGUCUCCAUCACUAUGGAGGGCCAGGGAUGUGCUGUCUUGCAGGCUGUUCUGCGGUACAACAUUCCUGAGGCUGAGGCGAGUGACGCCUUCGACAUGACCGUCAACACAAACACCGUGCCGGAUGAGAAGUGCGUCACUAAGCGCAUCACUGUGUGCGCCUCCUACCGCCUCCCGGACGGCAAGUCCAAUAUGGCCGUCAUUGAGGUCACUCUCAUUUCCGGUUACAUCCCAGAGAAAGAUGAUCUGAAGGAACUUCUUAAAAAGGAUAAAAAUAUAAAGCGAUAUGAUGUAGAUGGCAGCAAGAUAGCUUUCUAUAUUGAAGAAUUAACUGCUAAAGACACUUGUGCAAACUUCCGUGUAAUAAGAGACAUAGAGGUGGAGGAGGUCAAGCCCGGCACAGUGCGUCUCUAUGACUACUAUCAGCCAGAGUUCCAGAUCUCAAAGAGCUACACGCUUCCUCCUCCAACUGAGUGCCGCUAGGACAUACACUUCUGAUAGUAUUCCUAGUAUACUAAAAUAAUGCUAGGAUCAAUAGCUUGUGUUGGGAUAACAACUGAUGCUAAGACUGACAUUCAUUCAUUCAUAAAUUUCUAGAAGAUUCCAACGUUGCAAAAGUGGUGGACUAUGUUAACGAACACAUCCGACUUCAUCCUACAGUUAUCAUCUCUCCGUUAUUAUCUGUUUGCCUUGCAAUAAUGUUUGCCUAUCAUUUUAUUACCAAUCAAAAGGGACAUCUGCCAGUUACUUGUGUAUGUAUUAUCUCAUGUCUUUUUUGGUUAUUGUGCAUUUUAAUUUUCCAUCGUUAAUGAAAAGUCUGUUUACACGUACGUAUAUCAGCAGUAUCAGUUGUGUGUAUUCUGAGUGAGAGUAAACAUGUGCCUUAUUGUUUGCAACUGGAACAAUUAAACAGUUUUUGUCAAAAAAUAGUA